GAGCUGCCUGGAGCACGAGACUCUCAUGAUGGUUUCAAAGAAGGUCGUGGCCAGUUUGCUGUUGGUGUACAUGGUGUCUAUGCUGGCUGAACAGACCGAAGGCUUCGUGCCCUUUUUCACCCAGAGUGACUUCCAGAAAAUGCAGCUGCAGGAAAAGGAGAGGAACAAAGGAGGGCAGAAGAAGUCCCUGCCCUCGCUGCAGCAGCUGGAGGAGGAAGGCUUUUCCGAGCAAUCCGGUGCAGGUGUCAACAAGGUCAAGACCAUCCAGCUAGCUGUUCCUGUCAGAGCUGGGAUGUGGCUCACCCCAAGGCAGCUGGAAAAAUACCAAGACGUCCUGGAGAAACUGCUAGCAGAGAUGUUACAGGACACCCCAGACGCUGACUGAUACCUGCAGACUCCAAAGAGAAAGCGACGUAGCUCACUAGGGCUAAAAGGCUCCACUUAUGUAAACAAAAUCUGUAAAAGAGAUUAACAACAAAACCUGAGGUGAGAUAAUAAAAUGUGCAGUAUAAUUAAAUGGA